AGAAGGAGAUAUCAGAUCUAGAGGUGAAGAUGAGGAGCACUCACCAUGGUCCUGGAUCCUCCAUGGUGUCUCUGUCUAGGGAAACAUAUGCCCUAAAGAGGAAACUAAGGCAGAAUGACAGUAACCUGAAGGACUUGUGGAAGGAGCGUGAGGAUUGUGCCAAGCAGCUGAGAACAAUAGAUCCACACCGACUAUCAACACCACAAUCCAAGUUUACCAAGGCUGAUGUCAUCAAGGAGCUCAAAUGGAAAUUUGAGGGAGGAUCACCACCAAAUGACAUGAAGGCUCUGAAGAAAGAGAACGAAGAGCUACGAGGCCACAUCAUGGAGAUAACAGACUUUAUCUGUGAUCAGAAGUGGCAUGACGACAUAGAAGCGCUGAGGAAGGAGAACGGGGAUUUGAAACAGCAACUCCAGGAACUGUCGGACUACUUGGACGAUCAGGUAUCGCCUGACAACGACGUGCAAUCAGCGGUAGAGAACGCCGUUUCAGCACUCCGAGAGGAACACAACACAGCAAUAUCAGCUCUGGAGGAUGAGCUGAACGCUGUACAGGAGUACCAUUCUGAACUGAGGAAACAGCUUAAGGAGUGCUGUGAUCAGUGUGAUCAGUUUGUCAAGUACAGGUCUAAUGCACCUCGUGACGCACUGAAAAAACACAACAAUAAACUGAAAAACGUGCUCAAAUCUGUGGAUGAGUUCAAGAAAGCUUUCGGAGCAUUCGGUGGGUCGCGACAAGACAAGCAGCUGAGUAUUUACAUUCUGAAGAGUGGUGAAGUUAAAGUGAAGUGUGAAGGUGGACGUGACAGUGAAAUUACUAUCGCUCAAAUACAGGGAUGUCCGGAGAGUGCUGCUGAAAGAGAAGAGUGGUGUAAAGAGCUGGAAGAUGCUGUCCAACUUGUCCGGGAGCGUAAAGCAUUCUCCCCCGCCAGAACCUCCUCCCCGAUAAGGUCAGCUAGCAGGUCCCCCUCGCCCAGAGCUAAACCCGGUCACCACUCUUCAAUGUCAUCCAUUGCUGAAGACAAAAUACUACUGAAAUUAGUAUUGCAACUCCCUGCAACACUCAACUGUUCUAUCGAACUAGACUGAGAUCCUUCCUCCUUUAUCUAGGUAUUGCACCUCCUACUUAGUGCACCUCCUACUUUAUCUAUCCUACCGCAGUAAAGAAAUAUAUCCGUGUGUUUAAACAGAGAUAAAUAUUAAACGACGAGAAAUAAUCAACUUAUUAAUCCCAAUAACGAGAUUUCUGUGUGGAAUGUAAUGACAUGUGACUGUUAUUAUAGCUGAUAUGUAAUUAGCAGUAUAAUCAGUUAUAACUUUAUAAUUAGCAGUAAUUAGCACUAUUACUGUUACUUUGUUAGACAGUAAAUAGUAAUUACUGCAACUGGCAACUGACAACCCAUUAACUAAAAACUAUUUACUGAAACUUAAAUUUAACGCAAAUCAGACUGAUAACAUUCAUCGUGUGUGUUGAGUGGUACACAGAUAUUCGCAUAUUCGUUCAUUAUUAUU